UUUAGAAAGCUUGUCCAGCUGACUGAUAACAACAUUGCAGGCCGGUCGCUUAGGUAGCAGUAGGCAGGGGGGAGAAGCACGCCUUUACAACCAACUGUUUAAAAACAUUUCUGUCAACAACCAGAAGCUACCUUUAAUCACUUUUCAAAUAUUUCAACUUCAGGGUAGUCCGAAAUCGUAGUCGUCGAGCUUGGAAAGGGGGGAGGCUACCAGCGAGAGGCAGCUUUUAGGCUUGGUGGAGAGGGAAACACUCGCUAUAUCCUCGGACUGAACAUGGCAAUGUCCCUCAUCCAAGCCUGCCGCAGUCUAGCUCUCUCAACAUGGCUGCUAUCCUUUUGCUUCGUGCAUUUGCUGUGCCUGGACUUUACGGUGGCGGAGAAAGAAGAAUGGUACACCGCGUUUGUCAACGUUACUUAUGUGGAUCCCCUGACUUCAGAAAUCAAAACAGAGAAGACUGAGUGUGGAAGAUAUGGCGAGCACUCUCCCAAGAAAGAAGCAAGAGGGCAAGUGUUGAUGCCUUUGCUUUUGCAAGAGAGACAAGCUUGCGACCCGAACGCUAAGUAUCCCCUGCCUUAUCAAAACAAUGCUUGGAUGGCGUUGAUAGCUGCGGGGAAUUGUACAUUCAGAGAUAAAAUUCGCAACGUCGCUGCAUUCCACAACGCAUCUGCAGUCAUAAUUUAUAACGUGGGCUCCACUAAUAUCAACGAUACCAUAACAAUGCCUCAUCAAGGUACGGGGGAUAUCGUGGCGAUCAUGAUUCCGGAACUCAAGGGUCGGGAGAUCGCUGCUCUACUAGAACGCAACGUCACGGUGACCAUGCACAUCACCAUAGGAACGAGGAACCUUCAGAAGUAUGUGAGCAGAACGUCGGUGGUGUUUGUCUCCAUCUCCUUUAUCGUCCUGAUGAUCAUCUCCCUGGCAUGGCUCAUCUUCUACUAUAUACAGCGGUUCAGAUACGCCAACGCUCGCGACCGCAAUCAGGUUGUCUGCUACUAUAUACAGCGGUUCAGAUAUGCCAACGCUCGUGACCGCAACCAGAGACGUCUCGGAGACGCAGCCAAGAAGGCCAUCAGUAAGCUCCAAGUACGAACCAUCAGGAAAGGAGACAAGGAAACGGAGUCUGACUUUGACAACUGUGCUGUGUGCAUCGAGGGCUAUAAAGCGAAUGAUGUUGUUAGGAUAUUGCCGUGCAGGCACAUCUUCCAUAAAAGCUGUGUGGACCCCUGGCUUCUGGACCAUCGGACCUGUCCUAUGUGUAAAAUGAACAUCCUCAAAGCGCUGGGAAUACCACCCAACUUUGACUGUGGAGAUGACAUUCCGCCAGACUAUGAGAUGUCAGUGGGAGGCCCGCCCACCAACGCAAUCACAGGGGCCAGAGACAUCACGGUGAACGGGGAGGAGAGCUCGGGGGUGCUGGACACGGACAUGGACAGGACUAUAGGGCUGCCUCAGGUCUACCACGACGCCCACGAGACACUACCACAGGCUGGGGACAGCCGACACAUCGCCAGCAGUGAGCACCAGCCCCCACUGAGCAGCGACUCGGACACCUCCCUUAUCUUGGCUGUGGAGGUGGGUCUUUCCGACAUGGAGCUCUCCCUCGGGCACGACCGUGACGAGGUCAAGUCCUGAGCCAAUCAGAGCCAAGUAGGAAGGAAGCUCCCGGGGUCGACUUGGAGAUGAGAAACGGGACCGAAGGGGCAGCGCCUGGCCCCCUGAUGGGAGGUAGUGGCUCCAAAUAAAUAAGAGACAAGCAAGCAAUAGAACCCAUAGCUGUGCAACGCACCUAUCUGUCCCCACUGCCUCAUCUACAGGGUCCUCCUGUCCUGCCUCCCUUUUCUGACUGCUGUCACGUUCAGUGCCCAUGGAAACCAGGCAGCCAAUCACAGCUCUUGUCAUUAGCCUCUGGACUGGGGGUAUAGUUUAGCACCUCUGUUAGUUGUCUCCAUGUCACCAUCACUUUAUUGACUCUUUGGACAUGUGACAUUUUGAUUUCUUUCUACGAGAUCCUCACUGCCAACGUAUUCCAGAAUUAAACACGGAAAUCUUUACACCAUGUUAUAGGAAUAUCUAUUUAUACUGUGUAUGGUCAAUAUAAGCCUCCUGUAGCAUGGGCUUUGAGUGUCAUAAACAGUUAGUGCGUGUUCUGAGUGACCAGCAUUUACAUGUGGUAAACUUGAAGCUGAUAUUUUUUCACCAUCUCUGCUUGAAAUAAUUUCCAUAACAUUCAACGCUGUUGGUAUUGUAGCAUUUAUACUAUGCACAUGUUGUCAAGAAUUUCUGAAUAUCCGAUUGUUAAAUUGCAUCCUUAUCCUUAAUUUAGGGGUCUUUAGGACUAUCGUUUAUUUCCACUUCUGAAGUACUGUACACCCUGUGUUGUGGGGACCAACUACGAGUUUGUUUUACCACACCAGUUGAGAAUCACAGACCACGGUAAUGGAGAUUUAUAGUGAUGACAUCAGCUACAGCCCUGUUUCAAACUGCUAAAGCUUUAUUAGCACCGCCAGUAACACCGCACAGGAGGCAAUAGUAGUGGCUGUUUGUUCAUGAAGAACAGAUGGGAAUUUAAUUCCAUUUUAAUGUCACGUCAUCUCCCAGUCGAGCCACCCAAUAGCAUGUGGUGCAAUCUUCUGUUACCUAACAUAACGUGUGUCUGCAGUGAUGUGCAUUUGCUCUGUGCCAAGUUCUUGCAGUUUUAGUUUUUUGUAUUGAUGUUGCUUCUGUUUCUAGAAGCCAAAGCAAGAUGGCAUUGUGGGUGUUGUUGAGUUCACCCAUUGGUUGGAUAGUGAAAAGCACAUCGAAGUUGUCUGUUGAUAAAAGUAAAUGACAUUUGACUAUAUCUGAACUCGGUGUAUUAGAUAGCCCCUCGUCUGAGACAUCCCAGACCUAGGGCAACCGCACUAGUAUGCUGGAACAUUGGUACAUUGUGGGAAGCAACUGGUCCAUCUAGAGAGACUAGAUAGCCCCUUGGUGAAGGAAUACCAUGCAUUGGUUGUGGCUUUGGUUGACUGUGAAUUCAUUAUGAAAUAGUUGACUAAACCCUGUUGCAGAUAGUUUGUACCUCCUUAGUCAUUUCUUCUGAGGAUAAAACUUUUUUUUUCUUCCUAUGAUGAAUUUCAAAAUGGCCGUUUUUUUUGUACAUUCGUCGUGUAGGGAAACGAAAGUCUGACGAACAGCAUUUAUUUUAGUAUGAAUAUAAGUUUAUUUUUGUAAGAAAAAGAAAAUGGAGGUAAAUGUUUACAGUCCAGGAGAAAUGGAGAAAGAGAAUAGUUGCCUGGUUUCAAGAGCUCACUGGUAAUGCUAAUGCAUUUUGAAUGACAUGUAUUAAUUCAUGGUUUAUGUCCUUCCUCCCCCGAUUUUGACUACUGCUCUGUAAUUGUAUCAAAGGCCAUUUUUUUUAUUUGAGUUUGAUUCCUCUCUCCUUUGGGGUCCCCUCAAGGUUCUCAACACAUUCAUUUAUUUACAAAUGUGUACUUUCAUCCUUAACAUAUGAUAAUCCUAUAUUACUUUAAUAUGCAACUUAGAUUAGAUUUUCGGACUAAAAUCUGCAUGAAAUGGCACAAGGCCACUGUUGUCAUCAAGCAUCUACUAUUUGAUACUGCGUUUCUCUUCCUUACUAUGCGUUCGUUCAUUUAAUCAUUGGUUCCUUUAGGCCGCCAACCAAUCAACAACCAAUCAACUCCCAGUUAUGUAAGAAGCUCAUAUUACCCAUAACCCCCACAUGUCCAUGUCAAUUAGAGAAGGAUUACAGAAUCUAUGGGAGAAUGUUGAUAUCUCCCACGCUUAUGCAUUAGGUACAUCUGUAUGCCCUCCUAGUGUGUCAGACUCCUUACAUUUAGCUGUUGAUAUCUCCCAUGCUUAUGCAUUAGGUACAUCUGUAUGCCCUCCUAGUGUGUCAGACUCCUUACAGUUAGCUGUUGAUAUCUCCCAUGCUUAUGCAUUAGGUACAUCUGUAUGCCCUCCUAGUGUGUCAGACUCCUUACAUUUAGCUGUUGAUAUCUCCCAUGCUUAUGCAUUAGGUACAUCUGUAUGCCCUCCUAGUGUGUCAGACUCCUUACAGUUAGCUUUGUUUUGCAGUAUCAGUUUGUGAAAUACACUACAUCUGUGUGAUUAAUAUUGUAUAAGCGUCAUAAAUGUAUAUUUUGAUUAAUCGACUGAAUGGAGACUGAAGAGUGAUGCAUUGAACAUGCCUCAGUUAAAAGCAUAUUCUUCUCAGUUAUGGUCACUUUUUGCGUUCCAAUUCUCCACACUUUUCACUAAGUGUGCACACUUCACGUAAUGGAUUUUAUAAUGGUGGAAACGCCCUCCAGCCAAUGUUUACACCAAUCCAGUGCUUUUAAAUCAGUGAUGGGAACUGCACGGUAUGGGAGAAGGGAAGAGAAUGGGGAUUGAGUCAUGGAGGUGUGUGCCACCAUAACUCAUGGUAUCCUUGGCCAGAAUACUAGAGAUCCAUUAAAAUAUGGUAGUCUCAUCUAGCCUCUCCACACACAGCUCUACAGUUGAUACUAUGGGCUGAGGGCCCUAGAAACAACUAACAGCAUUUGAUUUCCCUCUGGGAGUUGGUUUCACACACACACACUACACAGUUUCCAUGUGCCCAUUUGUUUGUAUUGCACAGGGGGACAAGAUAAGAGGAAGCAAUUAAGCUCAGGGGGCAUUUUGUACCAGAAGGAGGGUUUUGAUAGAUCCUGAUUGUACUGUGUGUGUGUGUGUGUUUGACAUCUUCACUUGUGUGAAGCCAGAACAUUUAAAAGCCUUUAAUUGUUUCCUGUUUCAUGCAAGGGGUCGUGUUUAAUUGACUUGACUUCCUGAAAGGUCAUUCUCUCAUUCUCAAACUUCUUACGUCCACUUAUUCCAACAACUCUUUUUUUAAAUGAUCAUGAAGAAGCGAAGGCCUUGAUUUGAACGUAAUUUGAAUGAAUAUCUGUGAUAUUCGUAAUGAACACUUAUAGAAACCGGGGUGUUCUUCCAAAUAUAAAGUAAUGAAUGCACAUAUUAUAAUCUUUAUAGUAGGUUAUUGUUUACCCCAAUGAUGGUAUAAUUAUGUUAGGUAUACAUAAAAUUACAUAAUAGAAACUCAUCAUUUAAAUAUAGCUUUGAGUUCUCUGUCUUUAACUGGUUGUGUACCAGUUGUGUACUACCUAGAAUGCACUUUUUCACUUGAAGGAGAGUUCUGUAUACUACAACGAAAUGGCACAAAACAUCUUUUGAAUACGGUUGACCUUAAAUGCGGUUGACAGUUGACACAACCAUGUUUUUAAGAGAGAUGGCUACAAUAUUGGAAAUGGCACAUUACAUAAUUGUCACUGUAUAUGUGCUGUUUAAGAGUCUGUGUUAUUUUAUCUAGACUUGUAUACCAGCUGUGGGUUUGGGGAAUGUUAUGAAAAUGUUGUAUGCUAUAUCUAGCAGAACUCUACAGUAUUGCUAUUUUGUUAUAUAGAGGAAUAUGUAAAUAUUUUGGGCAGUGUUAAUGAUAUACAGUACAGUUCUAUAG